GGCGUUAUGGUCGAGGCUGAGUGGUGAUGAUGAUGACUCCGAGUUGAUGAGGUGUCGUCGACGUGUGUCUUCGAGACGAGAUGGCGUCGGGUGGUCAGUGUUUCCUUCGCUUUGAUCUUGCCUUGGAUGCUUUUUUUCCUUUUCUUUUUUGGUUACCCAUGUAUGAAACACCUAACAACAGACUCUUUCUUCUUUGUCUCGGAUGCUGUGGCCGGCAUAUCAAUCAUCCGCUUUCGUUGCGGUAUAUCUUUUUCUUUGCUCUGUUGGAUCAUGGCCUCUCUUCUAUAAUGUUUUGGUUUAGCAUUCUCAUCUUUCCUUGCAUAUGACGACGUCAAUCAAAACGGCUGGGUCGCUUAGGAAGCGAUUGGUGGAAUAUCUUGGAAUUGAAAAAAAGGAAGGGGGGCAAAAGGCUGG